AUGCCUAAUGCCGACUUCGCCGCCGCGCAACAACGCCUUGCCGCAAGACGGCGCGCAAGGGAUCAGGAAGCACAAGCGCGUGUAGCCGAUCGAUCGUCAUCGCGGACUGCGGAAUCAAUAUCGAAGCUGCCGCGUCCACUAAAAGGACUUGGGGUUGCUGGAUUAACAGCAUGGGAUGCAAUUAAGGGAAGAGAAGGGACGGGACCCGCGUUUCGGGUUGGACAGGUGGAUGCGGAGUUGCUAGACGAGGAACUAUUGGAGUUGCUCAGGGGACAAGUUGGGGAGGGAGUGAAGUAUUUAGGGUCGAACAUAGCGACCGAUUACGCUGCAGAGAUCGGGUUGCUUCUCAGAGCAGCACUAUUCAAGCUCUCAAUUUGGGACCAUGAUGCUUCCUAUGGCGCCUCGUUACAAGGGCUGCGAUACAUCGAUGCAAGACAAAGUCCGAACAGCAGAGCACCGACAUAUCUCUCACCUCCCACGAGCACACAGAAGGUUCUCUACGGUCUAAUAUCCGUCCUCGGGCGCUACGGUUGGACGAAAUGGGAAGACCACCUCCUUGAACAGGAGAGCAGCUACGAAGAGCCCACUCCCCGUAUGCGCGUCCUCUCCCGCCUCACCACGCACAUCUCCACCGCACACACCCUCCUCGCCCUCCCCUCCUUCCUCCUCUUCCUCCUCACCGGCCGCCACCGCACCCUCCUCGAUCGCGUCCUCCGCCUCCGCCUCGCCCCCGCAUCCACCACUACCACCCGCGACGUCAGCUUCGAAUACCUCAACCGCCAGCUUGUAUGGCACGCCUUUACCGAAUUCCUGCUAUUCCUUCUCCCGUUGGUGGGCGUCCGGCGCUGGAGACGAUUGGCCCGUCGAGGCUGGCGGGGGAUCGUCAACGCAUGGCGAGCGCUUCGGGGCUUCGGCACCGAGGAAGACGACGAGAAAGCCAUGACAAAAGACGGCGUCUUAGGGUUCCUCCCCGAGCGCACGUGCGGGAUCUGCUACGCGGACCAAACACCAGGCGCGACUGGCGGUGCCGCUUCCGAAGCCGAUAUCGUUGCGGCGAGCUCCGCGGGUGGCGGGGGCGUCGUGGGCUCGGCGUUGACGGAUGUCACCAACCCCUACGAAGCCAUUCCCUGCGGUUGCGUCUAUUGCUUCGCAUGCAUCGCGCAGAAAAUCGAGAGCGAGGAAGGAGAGGGCUGGACGUGUUUACGGUGCGGGGAGAUUGUGAAGGCGUGCCGUCCGUGGCGGGGCGAGGUGGUGGAGGAGAAGGACGGUGCGAGGUCGAGCGAUGGGGCGGGGAAGAGCGUGGGGUUUGCGGAUAUGGAGCGGGGGGAGAAAUCUGGGCAAUACGAGUCGUUGAAGGGGGUCGACCCACUGCCGAUCGAAGACGACGAGUCUUCAUAUGCCACAAUGUCAAGGCACACAACAGAUAUGAACGAUAGCAGUGAAUGGGCAAGAGCAAGCGAAAUCGUGAGGGAGGAGGAUGAACAAGUGGAGGACGAGGACGAGGAAAAGGAGGAGGACGACGACGAAGAGGAGGAAGAGUUUGAUACGGAGAGUGAAGAUCUGCAGAGUGAGGGAUAUGACGAGGACGAGGACGAGGAGGAAAUGGGCGACGCAUAUGACGCGGAAUAG